UGGUUUGGCCAGUCCCCCUGCAUUAUGAAUGUACAUGUUUCGCAUUUAGUUGACCGUUGCCUCUCUACGGUGCAAGUUUGGGUAUUACUGUUUUUAUUACCUUUCAAGUUUGCCGACAAGAAACGGGAGCUGUGAACAAAGUGUAAAAGCAAAAUGGUGUCUGUUGACGAUCUAAAAAAACUGAGACUGAGCCAUCUAUGUAUUGCCAUCACAUUCUUCACGUGCGGCUUGGCCGUGAAUUUCGCCCAAUUGCUAUUGCAUAUAUUUGUGAAGCCUGUAAAUAAAACGCUCUUCCGCAAACUUAUGUACUAUGUUUGCUAUUCCUUCUAUUGUCAAUUGGUGUUUGUUGCCGAUUGGUAUGCGAACGGCAAAAUGAGAGUUUAUAUGGAUGCUGAGGAGGAGAAAAAGUAUGGCGGACAAGAGCAUGUACUAUUAAUAAUGAACCACUCAUAUGAAAUUGAUUGGCUUGCUGGUUGGAUGCUUGCGGAUAAACUUGGAGUACUUGGCAAUUGCAAGGCGUACGCUAAAAAAGUAAUAUCAUACGUGCCUGUAAUCGGGUGGGCCUGGAAGUUGGCAGAGUUUGUCUUCCUUGAACGCAAUUUCGACAAAGACAAAGAAAUAAUUGCUAAUCAACUAAAAGUUGUGUAUUCCUAUCCGGAUCCCAUUUGGCUGCUUCUGAAUGCAGAGGGUACCCGUUUCACAGCCACCAAACAUGAGGCUUCCGUUAAAUUUGCACAGGAACGUGGCAUGACAGUGCUUAAGCACCAUCUGAUUCCACGUACGAAAGGAUUUACUGCAAGCUUACCCAGUUUGCGUGGCAUCUGUCCAGUUGUGUAUGAUAUUAAUUUGGCAUUUAAGCGAGAUGCAAAAGUACCGCCAACGAUGCUAUCUCUGCUAAAUGGGCAACCUGUAGAGCCAUAUAUGUUUGUGCGACGCAUACCGCUGGACGAUGUGCCGGACGGUGAACAAGCUGCCGCGGCGUGGUUGCAAAAUCUUUUCGUUGAAAAAGAUCGUAUUAUUGACAGUUUCCAUGAAACAGGAAGUUUCUUUAAAACCUCUGGAUUUAAAGAAGUUCAAUGCAAAAUAUAUGACCGUAGACUCAGCACGCUGCUUAAUUUUUUCGGCUGGGCCACAGUUUCUAUAUCUUUGAUCCUAUACUAUCUGUUGACAUCACUGUUAGCGCAAAACUGGACGGGUUUAAUAACAGGUUUAUCAAUCCUUCUAAUCUUUUAUAUGCUUAUGGAAAAGGCUAUAAAUAUGUCAAAAAUCAGCAAAGCAUCUAGUUAUGGAGCAACUACCACAAAAACAAGCACAAAGUAACUCUUAGUUACCAUUUCUUUUAUUGUUAACGAACAACAUUAAACAUGAGAUUUUAGUCAAUGAGCCGAGCUAAUAUGUACAUUCGUAAAAAUACAACUAAUUUUAAAACUUGGA